AUGUUAUUCAAAUCAUUAAAUUCAAUUGCUAAUAUCCAAAGUGCAUCUCAAAAGAAUCAAAUUUCAGGAACUCAUUUUGUUGGAACUUCUCAAUCUAAUAAUAAUGCUGCUCUUUUAACCCUUGAUGCAUUAGUUAUUAUCCAUCCAAUAUUAGCAGUAUAUGCUCAUGUUGACCUUUAA